AUGUUCAUUCCGUAUCCCGACAACCUCAACAUCAACAAGCAGAGUGUCCCGGUACCGGGUACAGAGACCAGCAGCACCAGUGCUUUAUGGGUAAACGGCUCUUGGGACUCGUCCAUCCUCCGCUACGAUGACCAGGGCUUGCCCCACGCGCGCACCCUCGCCGAGAUCUUUGACCAGGCUGUCGAAAAGUCACCAGACACGGCCAUGUUUCGCCGCCGUGUUCAGGCUCCCGCCACCAAGCCCGGGGAGAAGCCAACGUGGACCAACAAGACCGUCGACAUGAGCUACGCCGAAGUCCAGCGCCGCCGCAACGCUGUAGGCUCGGCGCUCCUGACCCUCGAGCGCCUUGGCCGACUCCGUGACCCGAACCUCCCUGCCGACGUCGAGUCGCCUCCUGAGAUCUGCACUCCCGACCUUCCCAAGUGGGGCGACAAGCUCAAGAACGGUGCUCGCCGUGGCUGGGCGGUUGGUAUUUGGAGUGAGAACCGUGAAGAGUGGCAGAUUGUCGACUUUGCGUGUCACGCGUACGGCCUUGUCUCGGCUUCGCUGUACGAGACCCUAGGUCCCGACACUGCCCAGUACAUUACCAACCACUGCCCUCUUCCCAUCAUCUUCUCGUCGGCGCACCACCUCGUCCAAUUGCUUCGCAUGGCGCCCCUUUGCCCCUCCCUGCGCGUCAUUGUGACCAUGGACCCCAUCUCGGCUGCCGAGCGCGACGUCCUCAGCCAGUGGGCUGCUUCCCUUGGCAUCCUCCUUCUCGACCAGCUUGAGAUGGAGGAAUGGGGAGCCCAGGCCGACAACUUUGUUCCCCCCACAGUCGCCGAGGAUGAGAUCGAGAUUGACCAGAACCGCAUCGUCACGAUCUCGUACACCUCGGGCACCACUGGCAACCCCAAGGGUGUCAUCCUCUCCAACUGGAACAUGACCUCGGCCGUCAUCUCUAACGCGUACGGCGUCGGCGAAUACUUUGACAAGCCCGGCUUCAGGUUCUUCUCGUACCUGCCACUCUCGCACGUUUAUGAGCGCUUCCUCCAGAUCCUUGUAGUGGACGGCAACGGUACCAUCUGUUUGACCACUGGUGACACCACCAAGCUCCUCGAGGACGCGCAGAUCUUGAAGCCCCACUUCUUCCCCGGUGUACCCCGUGUCUGGAACCGCGUCUAUGCCGCCAUCAAGAUGCAGAUGGACGCCCCUGGCCUCAAGGGUGCGCUCUUACGCCGUGCUGUCGCCACCAAGCUCGCCAACAGCCGCGCAAAUGGUUCCAUCCACCACCGUGUGUACGACGCCCUCGUGUUCCGCAAGAUCCGCGCCCUCGUCGGUGGCGAGGUCCUGUACAUGACGUCGGGCGCCGCGCCCCUCUCGGCUGCCGUCCAUGAGUUCCUGCGCAUCUGCUUCUGCUGUGAUGUCGUUCAGGGUUACGGCCUCACCGAGACUGUGGGCACGACCUCGAAGGGUAUUCCCGAGGACAUGAAGCACAUCGGCACUGUCGGCCAGAUCCAGCCUUGUAACGAGGUCCGCCUCGUCGAUGUCUCCGAGAUGGGUUACACCCACCAGGACAAGCCCAACCCUCGCGGCGAGGUCUGCAUCCGCGGCGCCAACGUCUUUGCGGGUUACCUUCAUGACGCCGAGAACACGGAGAAGGCUCUCAAGGACGGCUGGUUCCACACCGGCGAUAUCGGCGAGAUUGACCAGUCAGGCCGCCUCAAGAUUGUUGACCGUGUCAAGAACGUCGUCAAGCUCAGCCAGGGCGAGUAUGUCGCCCUGGAGAAGGUUGAAGGUGUUUACGCUCUCAACCCGCUCUACACCACUCUGCUCGUUCACGCCGACUCUCUCCGUUCGAGCCUUGUCGCCAUUGGAAUCCUAGAGCCCACGCUCGCCUCGAACCUCGUCGCCCAGGUCCUCGGCAAGAAGAUUUCACCCACGGAUGAGGCCGCACUCGAGGAGGCCGUCAAAGACCCCAAGGUCCGCGCUCAUCUCGUCAAACAGUUCGAGCAGGUCGCAAAGGCGAACAAGCUUAACAGCUUUGAGAUGAUCCGGGGCAUCUACCCCACCCUCAAGCCGUUCCCUGAUGACCUGUUGACCCCCACGCAGAAGGUAAAGCGCAACGUUGCCGCCAAGUACUUUGGCGACGCCAUCGACGCCCUCUACAACGAGGUUGAGGGUGCCGCCCACAAGCUCUAG